GGAAGUAAAGUGGUUUAUAAGGAGGACUGUUGUUCAGAGAGAGUUACUCGUCACCAAGACAGAAUGGAUCACACCUGGCCCUGUGUUCUACUCAUGUUGAAUACCCUAAUCUACUGUGGUCACUCUCAAGGGAUACCUGCUGCUGUUCUGACCCUCCAGCCCAACUGGCCCCAGAUAUUCAUGGGAGAGUCUGUCACUAUGAUAUGUAACAUACAGGAGGGAGACGUCACUGACUGGACCUACACAUGGAGACGGACAUUUAAUAAUGGAUAUACCGACUUCACCAGUACGGAGAAUAAACACCAGAUCAAUGCUACUGAUUUGUCUGUCAGUGGUGAUUACACAUGUCUGGGUAGAAACAGACAUAAUCAACACUAUUCUAUGUGGAGUAAUAGAGUCAGGCUGACCGUGACAGCUCUACCAACAGCCUCAGUGAGUGUCUCUCCUCAUGGUCUCCUCUAUUCUGGAGAGACUGUUACUCUGCAGUGUGACAUAUCAGACUACACAGACUGGACAUACUGGUGGUACAGAAAUAAACAACUACUGAGUCCUGGUUCACCUUCUAAAACCAUCACCACUCUGUCUGACCAGGUGAGUCAGUACCAGUGUCAGGGGAGAAGAACAGAUCGUCCCCAGUCGUCACAACGCAGUGUUUCCCUCCCCAUCAGUGUCACUGAUCAACCUAAGGCUGUCCUGAGUUUCGCUCCUCAGUGGAUGAACCCUGGAGACUCAGUGACUCUGAACUGUGAAUUUAAAGAAUCGUCUACAGGCUGGAGGUUCUCCUGGUACAAGACUGUUCCCUACAGAGCUGGGUUACCCUCUCUAUUGGACAAGUCCUACUCUGUAGAGCCCCUAUCUGGAUAUGGGACUACUGAAGAGUCUUACACUCUGAGUUCUGCUGGUCCUACUGACACAGGAGGAUAUAUCUGCAGUCUUCAGUGUCUGUCAGAAUAA